AUGAAUUUAGAAAAAGAAAAAAAUGAGAUGUCACCAGUCUUAUUUGUAAGAGCAUUGUAUGAUUUUGAAUCAAAUGAUGCUUCGAGUUUGUCCUUCAAAACGAAUGAUAUCAUACAAGUGCUUAUGCAAUUAGAGUCUGGCUGGUGGGAUGGACUAUGUAAUGGUGAACGCGGCUGGUUUCCUAGUAAUUAUGUUACCGUAUUUGACAAAGAGGGUAAAUUGAUAAAUGAAGAUGAAAAAUUAUAUGACUGGAUUCUUCAGCAGACACUAGAUGGAGAGAUAUUUUAUUAUAACAUAAAGACAGGUGAAUCAUCUUGGAAAGUACCUGUUAAUUAUGAAUCUCCUGCAGCAAGAGAUACGACAAGUUGCACUAGUUCGUUGUCAAAACUGUCAAAACAGUUUCCAAAAAAUCAAGAACCAACUAAAAAUGGUAAUACUUAUUUUUAUUUUAAUGCUAAAAAAACUAAGAAAAUUAAUUGGACUUUUUCUGAAGGUCCUGUCUCAAGUUAUAUUGAUGACGAAGAACUUGAUUCACAUGUUACUGCUCUUGUAGAAGACGAUUUAGAGAAAUUUGAUCCUGCCAACAAAGCAAAUAUUACAAGUUCAAUAGAUAAUCAAUUAAACACAGCUUCAAUUGACGUUAUUCAACAAAAAAAUCUACAACAAAGUCAAUCUAUUGACAACCUUCCACCAAAUUGGAAUGUGAAAACUACAGCUCAGGGGAGAGUAUAUUAUUGCAAUAAAUUAACAAAUGAGACAACUUGGAGUCUUGAUAAUAUUAAUGCUAAUGGUCAAUUAAUAAAAACUGAAAAUAACGAAAAGAGCAGAUCAGAUGAUGAAAUACCAAACGAACUAUUACCUCAAACUCCUACAGUUAUAACACCAAACAAAUCGAUCAGAUUCUCGGGGUCCUCGAUACUUAUGUUACAAAAUGCACAUGAAUACCUUACUUGGGACACUUUAUCACAGAGUAUUGAUCUGUCUAUCCAUAACCUUAAUGUAGCAAUUCAAGAAAACAUGAGGCAGGAUUAUCCAGAAUGUACUAGUACAAUUGUUGGGAAUGUUAGGAUUAUGCUUUACGCUACUGGUACUGUUGAAAAAGACUCAGUUGCAAUUAAGAAAAAUAGGAAUCUUAAAAAUCAUCAUAGAAAUAUUAUGACUUCGCUCUCAAAGCUAACUCUUUCUACAAAAGUAGCUGCAAGUACAUGGUCUCCACCAGAUGCUACUCUAAAAAUGAAAAGUGAUGUCAAUGAAGUUUUAGACGCAGUUCGUGGAUUUAUUCUAAUUGCUCAAAAAACUGUUGAUAUUAGAAGAGUUGACCCAAAAAUUAUCGAAAGUGCUACCGGUGGUUCAUGGCAUGGAAACAAUUUAAUACAAACACAAACAAAUGGAAAUAAAUCAACAUUACCCAGUAUAAAUCUAGAGGAUACUAGUGUUUCAACUUCUUCUACAAAUAAUCCAUUAUAUCAUUUAACGUCUGAUCUCAUUAGCUCGUUGGAUAAAAUUUCUUGCAUUGUAACUCAGUCCAUUACAUUGCUCCUUAAUGAUGUUAGGAAAGUAAUUGAUGCUCCUAAUUCUUUUACACCACGCUAUUUUUCUCCUCAACUUAUUUCACAAACCAGGGAGAUUCUUACUCAAGUUGGACAAUUUUUAUUUAUUACUGAAAAUAUUAAUCUGAAAGACUUGGAUGAAUCUAGUUUUGUUAAUAUAAAUGAAUUCAAUGUUUCUAAACAAUCAUUGUAUAAUAAUAUAGCAGGAUUAGUUAUGUGUAUUCAAAUGGCUUCUGAUCCCUUAUUUCCUUUAAAUGCUAUGGAUCAAAUUAUAGGUUGCGCAAAUGUGGUUGAUAAGUCUGUUAAAGACAUUAUUAUUAUAACAAAAUCUCUAGUUUUGAAAAUUCAAGAAAUGCGUUCUAGUGUUGUUGAAAAUUUUGAAGUUUCGCAAUUUAUCUCAAAUGAUUCUAAUUCUCUGGAUCAAAUUAAUGGGAAUAAUACAGAACACUCUGCAGAAAAUCAAUCCACAAUUUCUUCAUUAGAUACUACAAGUUCCAAAUCAUUACAAACUGUACCUGAGAAUUGUGUCGUGACAAAUGAUGAUACGAUUAGUAGUAAUAAUCGUAAUUUUAAUAAUGAUGAUGAUCCACCUAAUUCAACUAGUAGAAUUACUGGCAAAUUACAACGAUCAUAUACUCACCCUUCAGCUGAAAAUCCUUUAACUUCUCAAGUUAUAAGUGGAAGUAAUACAGUAGGAACAAAUGUACGAUCUAAGGUUACGAAAGAAGAUGGUUCACCUAAUAUCACUCAAUCGCAAAAACUGAAAGAGGAUAAACCCUGGUUCCUUAAUUAUGAUUAUGAUACUUCAGAGAUAGUAUUUAAUAAGGAAAUUACUGUAAAGGGAGGAACCCUUACCGCUUUGGUUGAAAGAUUAACUAUGCAUGAUAUAUUGGAUUAUAAUUUUAUUGCAACAUUCUUGUUGACAUAUAGAUCUUUCUGUACAACGGAUGAUUUCUUUGAUAUGUUAGUUAAAAGAUUUAUGAUUCAACCUCCUGAAGGUUUAACUAACGAAGAAUUAGAGGUUUGGCAAGAAAAGAAACAGACACCUGUUAGGCUGAGAGUUUUUAAUAUCAUGAAAUCUUGGUUAGAAACUUAUUAUAUAGAUGAUAAAGAAGAUUUACUUUGUUUAGAAAAAAUGAGAGAGUUUGCAAGAACAACCAUGUAUGAACAUAUGGCCUUUGCUUCUGUGAGUUUAACAAAAGUGAUUGAGAAAAGACAACAUCAACGAAAAGAUGCUAAAUUUAGAGAGUUGAUUGCAACAAAUGCUUCAGCACCUCCGGCAUCAAUCUUACCAAAGAACAUGAAGAAACUCAAAUUUUUAGACAUAGAUCCCUUGGAAAUUGCUAGACAAUUGACUUUAAUGGAAAGUAAACUAUAUAAUAAUAUUAAGGCUGUUGAAUGCCUAGGUAAAGCUUGGAGUCAAAGUGAGGGUGAUAAUAUUGCAAUAACGGGAUGGGUUGCCGAAUCAGUGUUAAAUCAGAAAGAAAUUAGAAAGAGAUGUAUGUAUAUUAAACAUUUUGUUGGAAUAGCCGAUAAGUGUAGAUGUUUAAAUAACUUCAAUUCGCUUACGGCCAUUAUUUCUGGAUUGUAUUCUGCACCAAUUCAUCGUCUGAAGCGCACUUGGGAAAUGGUUAAUUCAAAAACCGUACAAACACUUGAGACUCUCAGUAAAAUUAUGAAUUCAACAAAGAAUUUUGCUGAAUAUAGAGAGAUGUUACAUAGUAUAAAUCCUCCAUGUGUACCAUUCUUUGGUUUAUAUUUGACUGAUCUUACAUUUAUUGAAGAUGGUAAUCCUGAUUUUCUUAAAAGUUCCAAUAAAUUAAUAAACUUUUCAAAACGUAUGAAAACGGCUGAUGUUAUACGUGAAAUAAAACAAUAUCAAAAUGUACCUUAUAAUCUUAGUUCUGUUCAAGAAAUUCAAAUGUUUAUAGAUUUUCAUUUAAAAGAAAGUAAAGAUGUUAAGGAUUUAUAUGAGCAGAGUCUUGCUUUAGAGCCAAGGGAACGUGAAGAUGAAAAGAUAGCUCGUUUAUUACAAGAAUCCGGUUUCUUAUAA